AGAGCAUCCGAGUCCAAACAGGCCCCCAAGUUAGCAAGUUAUGGCUUCUUACAACCAGGAUGACUCGGAUGUAGACUCGGAUGCUCCUCGCGUUGCUCAAUGGGUUGACGAAGAUGAGCUAGACAACUGGGAAGACGAAAGUGAUGAAGACGACGAGGACGAGGAAAUACAAGAAGAUGGCGUUUCUGUGGCCGGGCCCUCUAUGAGCCGGUCUCAACAACGGGAACUAGAGGACGGUAAGCUUACGCUGAGCUGCUGUAGAGAUCCGACCAUGGGCAUACCUUCGACCACUCGAUUGGUGCUGUGACGAAGAUGCCGCAUGGUCGUAUUUCUACAGGAUAGCCUUAGUAUCUACUCAUUGGCAUCACCCAAUACUAACCAUGCAAAAAAAAAAAAUAAUGCUAGAUUUAUCAACCAUA